AUGGACUCCAGCGAUGGCGACGGGUCCGACUUGGGCGAUAUCCCCACGCGUCCGAUGAGAAUUAAGGUCAUCUACACAUUCGACGCCGAGAACAAGAUAACGUGUCUCGCACGCUUCAAUGGAAUACACAACAUACCCGCGGUGGCCAUCGACGAGCAGAUGCAAGUUGGUGUCAUCGAGCUUCAGCAGUGUUUGGAGACAAUCACAUCCGCGUCUCCGGAGAUACUCUCCCAACUCGAAAGCGGCGACUUUACAGUCUACUCUACCGAUUACAGUGAGCAAGAUGCUCUUCUUGUCGGUCAAGGUCGACUGUCUUCGCUGCUUGCUGCGUCUUCCGGGAUGGGAACUCCAAGUAUGCAGAACAAGACGAUGAUUACUGGACGCGUGUUGAAGAACUCGGCCCUGUUCAGCAACGGCGUGAAGGAGACACUCGAGGUGAAAUUCAAGCUCACGCCGCUGUCGAGACCAGCAAUACACGAUUCUGCCAAACAAACGGACGCCAUUCGAAGCAAUAGUCCUACAGCAUCUGCUGGGUUCGAUCCAAACGCCUGGAACUCCUCAGUGGCACAGAACCAGCUGCCGCCUGACUAUUUCAACUUCGGUGGUAUGCUGGGCCAAGGUGGCGACAAUGGCGACGGGAUGUUGGAGGAUAUGUUCGGGAUGGGUACGGGAGUCGGUGGAAGUGAAAGCGGAGUCCAGCAAAUGGGUGGCGCGGGAGUUGCAGAGACCCCGACAGACUCAGCUUUCGCGUACAACCCCGCCUUUCAGACUCAUUCUCACAGCGCACCAGGCAGCAGAGCUGGAAGCCCGAUGGUGCACUCCCAUUCAGGCCUUCGAAACGAGCAAUUACGUCACAUGAGCUUCUCAGGAAACGCAACAAAUAUGGCGGACCUCUCUCGGCCCGAUUCCCGUGGAAGUGUCCGAAGUGAAUACACUCCUUCGUACCCGCAACAGACCUACCCGAAUCAACACCAAAGUCAACCACAAGAACAACGACAAGUACAAUAUCAACAGCAACAGUCGGACGCCUACAACGAAGAUGGACAAGCUCGCAAACGUGCCAAGGUCGUUCAAGCAGAUUGGCGUGGGAGAUCUUCUUUCGGAUCGAAGUCUGGCGAUCUUCGUGUCACUGCUGCGACAGCAUCGUCAAUGCAUAUGCACCGUCCCAUUGCGAAGCGACCGACCGCUCCUGGCAGUAACUUAGAACCCCCUCCUCGUGUGCCGACUCCCGUCCCACAGCGCACCCUUCUGCCUCAUCAAAAAUCGCGACAAGCCCGUGGACCUCGAAGCAUGCUUCGGCAGUCAUCAAUUGCCGACUCGGACUUCAUGUCCGACGCCGAUGUAAUCUCAGAUGCUGUAACGUCGCCAGAAGGAAGCUCUCCAGGAAACAGCAUCGAAGGGACGCCAAUGGACAUACCCUCGUCGCCGCCACUCGUCCCCGGCUUCAACCAGCAGCAGCCCAGUAGUCCCGGACUGCCGACACUGGCCCACUCGAAGAUGCCAGAUAGUGGGUACAUGAGUGGUUCAUUCAACAGUGGCACAGUGAUGGAGAGCUUGGAGGAUGAUGAAAAUCGCAGUCCAGAUGGAGAAGGCAUGGAUGCAGCGGCGCGAUAUCGCUCACGGCACAGUCAGCAGCCCUUUGUUAAGGUCGAAGGCGCAGAAAUUGACACGGCGCCAAUGAGCGAUAUCCGCACUGAAAGCACAGGGCCAAACACUCUCCAAGCUCCGCGAAGAGUUGCCACAUCGACCACAUCGCCAACAUUCGAACAGGCGCACGACACUGGCUCUCGUAGAGGGUCCCUGGCUUUGCCCCCCAAGCCGGUCGCUCAUGCUUCGUCGCAAUCCGGCAACGCAGCACUGAAGCAGAAACGGAAACCGCUUCAGCGCUCGCGAACGACGUAUAACGACUCAGAGGCCGGAUCUCCAGCUCCAAGCGAUACCGAAGGACGACCGCGUGGUCAAGCUCGAUCAGGGUCCGCUGCUCCACGUCGCAAGAUCAUUGAGCAGCGUCUGCAGGAAUCAAUUGCCAACGGCGAGAUGCCGCAGUUUUGCACCCAUUGCGGUGCCAUUGAGACUCCCACGUGGCGGAAGAUCUACGUCAACAAAGGCGAGGGUAAGCCUUCGCCGCUUGACUACGUCGAGGGCGAAGGCGAGACCAUUGGUGUCGAGAUCACAGAGACCGAUGAGACCACGAACGCGCCGCUGAAAUAUGUCAUCCGCAAAUGCAUGAAGAAGACGAAGCUUUUCUCGCCUGGCCAAGGCUUCGAGGAGACGAUCGUAUGCAAUCCCUGCGGUCUAUGGUUCACAAAGACGCGGAAGAUGCGCCCAGCAGACAAGUGGCACAGGAAGUCGAAUUCUAGAAAGUCGAGGAAAGCGAAGGGUGAUGAGAGCCUACUCACUGAUGGUGUGGAGCCACAGUCGGAUGCGUUCUUCACCGAUCAAGUGACACUGGAGGAUGAUGCGGAGGAUGGUGAAGCUGCGGAAGAAGCAUCUGCAGAUUCGUCAGAACCUCCAGCCGAUCAACCCGCUCGCAGAAACCGACCGAGGGCUAAUAGUAUGCAGUCUCAGGUUCGGCGUGCAUCGGGCGAUGAUGGAGGGAAUGGAAGAAUACGACGUGACGCCGCCAUGAUGCGUGCAACUCAGUCUAGUCCUGUCAGACUGCGAGGUUCUCAGGCAUCUCCGAUUGAGCUGGAGGAGACACCGGUGAAGCCAACCAGACGACUGCUCUUCCCAUCCCCUCGUCGCGACGGCGAGGAGAAGUCUCUCGAUGACGGCAAAUCGGCAGCUCGCAAGUCGAACUCGAUUUCGCCUCCGCUGCCGAGUGAGAAAACCGCAAAAGCCGCGCCCAAGUCUGUCACUAUCGCUGAGCAAGCCGACAUCAACGUGUUUGAAGUCUUCACGAAUGACCAAGAAAACAUGCCACCACCUCUCGACAACGACGAGAAUUACGAUCACCUUUUCGACGGUUCUCCGGGCACCAUCUUCAAAUCACCCUUCCUUCGCAGAACUCCCAGCAAGCAGACUCCAACCUCGCAGAAGGUAAAGCUCUUCGACGACCUUCUCAAGACGCCCACGCAAUCCACUCGCAAACGCAAGGCUUUAACCGAAGAUCCGAACUGUGCCAACAACCCUGAUUUUGACGCCACCCUCAUCUCACCGAGCGCCUCCCGCUACUUCCUACGGUCCACUCCCAGCCGCGUCGAGCGUACUCCUGGAGGUCGUAGCGUCAGUGGUGGAAGUCAGCGUGCUCCUGUGGAGAUGUCACCGUUCUCACGCCAUCUGUCGCAGAUGCUGGGUGACGCGACCGGCACGAGCGAGCCGGCUUUCACGAGUCCAAGCCAGCAGCAAUUUGACUUCAGCGACCUGCCGACUUUCGAUCACGUUGAUCUGGACAUGGAUUGGAAGGGCAUGAGUGAGAUUCUGAGCAGUGAAUUCGCCACUUACGAGGAGGCGAACAAUGCUGCUGGUGGCGCUUGA